AUGCACAUCGGUCACGGUAAUAGUUACCGUAACACUAUUGAGAGUAAACCUCUUCCAUGCGUUCAAGAGCAUAAGGACUUAGGAGUAAUAUUAAGUCAUGAUUUAAAAACAACUACGCAUUGCAAAGCAGCCGCUGUCAAAGGUUUCCGUGCGUUAUGGUCACUUCGCCGAGCGUUCAAAUCUUUUGACGAGGGAACGUUUCGAAUUUUAUAUCCCAUAUAUGUUAGACCACAUUUAAAGUACUGUAUCCAAGCAGCUAGCCCAUGUCUGGUAAAGGAUACUAACUCCCUUGAGCGUGUCCAGCGUGUGGGAACGGAAUUAGUAAAGGGUCUUUCUAGACUCCCUUAUGAUGAGCGUUUAAAACGCCCAAAUUUUCUCCCCUUGUCGUAUCGUAGGACACGAGGUGACCUUAUACUGGCAUUUCGUAUCUUUAAUUAUGAUUUGGGUGUUAAUAUGUCUAAUCUUUUUGCUCCCUCCAGCACUAAUAAUCUCCGCGGUCAUAGCAAGAAGGUUCGUAAACCACGAUCUAAUAAACUUAAAGUGGUGUCCCGUUUUUCUCAUCGAGUAGUCAAUGAUUGGAACGCCUUACCCGAACAAGUGGUAUCAGCCUCAUCAGUGAUUUUGAGAUCACUGCUUGAAAUCGCUGACUGUUCUCGAUUGGUUUCGUUAUUAGGUGUGAAUGCAUUAUAUAUGCUUACUGGGUCGUUGAAUCACCUCUUGUUCUUCACUAUUCCAGUCUUUGCUUACGUUACUCUGUAUGCUCCCCUAGUACACAAAGUACUUUCUAGCUGGAUGUAAACCAUCACGUAGGCAGUGGGGUUUUCUCUUAGAUUCAAAGAAGAGUUACUGCAUUCAAUGACAUCCCAGUCUCUAGAUUUUAGUGAAAUUUAGGGGUUUUCAUGCAAUUUCCCCAAAGUUUUCUGUUGUUGCUUCCCCGAAAUCAGGAUAUUGGGACGUUUCAACUCGCACAGAUUAUUCU